UAACCACAGGUCUGUGAGAGGAAGAGAAACGUCCCCUCCGGCUGUCCGUAGCUUACGAAAGCGAAGAUUAGUUAGCUUGGGUGGUAACUUCACAUGUCGCUGUGUUGACAUUGAGGACAACUGCAUCAACCUGCAUUUUUUGUCGCCUUUUAACACUACAGGAUCCUCAUCAUGGUGUCUGGAAAGCGCCUGGCUGAUAUCGGUUACCGGGCUUUCACCGGCUCCAUGAUGCUGCUGACGGUGUACGGAGGAUACCUGUGUGCCCUGAGAGGUUACCGCUACAUGCAGAGGCAGAAGCAGCUGAAAGUGGAAGCAGAGAACCAGGAUCCUGAAGUGAUCAAAGACUGACCACAGGUUCACUCAGAUGUGGACAUUUCCCCAUUCCUUCUUCUUUUACCACUGAUAAAUCAUGAAGAUGUUGAUUCUUCUCAGGACAUUUAUGUGAUUUCAGUGUGGGGGUGUUGUGCCCUCUCAUAGAAGAUGUGUUGUUUAUGAAAACUUCACCAAGAAAAUUAACCAAGAACAUGUUAUUUACAUUGGUGGCCUGAAUCAAAUCCAUGUUAUGAGUGUCGCUGUGGCUAUUUGUAUUAAAUUAUAUUAAAUACCUUUAACCACA